AUGCUGGCGAAGGAGGGGGAGUUGGGGUGCAAGGUGUCGAUCACCAUCGACAUGUGGACGGCACCCAACAACAAGGCAUGGCUAGUGGUGACAGGUCACUGGAUAGACGAGAACUUCCAGCUGCGCACAAUGGUGCUUGAGUUUCGUGAGAUGCUCGGGCGGUAUGGGGGCAGGGAGAUGGCGCAGGUGGUUGAGGAGACGAUUGUGCAGUGGGGGUUGGAGGGGCGUUGUCUUGGUUUCACGACAGACAACGCCUCUAGCAACAUUGCCGCCUUCAGGCGGAUGUCGGAGGAGGGUGGUGGUCAGUGCUUCUUUAGCUCGCGCAUGCACUUCCGGUGCUUGGCACACGUGAUCAACCUUGCAGUGCAGGCAGCACUGGCUGUGGAUUCCAUACGGAAGUUGCUGAAGAUACUGAGAGAGAUGGCGUCGUGGAUUGGCUUCUCUCCACAGCGCUCGGGGUCUUUCUUGGGCCUACAGCGGACCUUGAACUCGCAGGCCAACCCCGCCACGCCGAAGCCGGCGUUGAAGCUGGUGCAGGACAGUCCUACGCGCUGGGGGUCGACCCACGACAUGGUCGAGCGUGCGGGUGUUCUGCAGAACCCCAUCACUGUCUUCUUCGCCCAGACACAGGGCUUGUCGAAGACCGACAAGAAGAAGGUGGAGAGUUUGCGCCUGACAGACGCAGAAUGGGAGACCCUGCAGGCGGUGAAGACAUUCCUAAGCCCCUUCGCCAAGGUCUCCAAGGCAGCAGAGGGGGCGGCGUACCCGACUGUGUCGAUGGUGGUGCCGUACUACAACGGCCUGAUCGACGCCAUGGAGUCGCGCCUUGCCAAGGGGCCAUCUCCGACGCUGCAGCAGAUGAUCGUGGCGGCGCUGAGCCACUUGAAGAAGUACGCGUACAUCACCAGCAACGAGUACUGGAUCGCCACCUUCUUGGACCCAUCCAUGAAGGCGGCGUGGUUCGACGACGCGCACUGGGAGAAGCUGCAUCCCAAGACCGACAAGAGGGUGAGGCCGCGUCCGGCGUCGGGCGAGGUGAUCAAGCUGGUGCGCGACCGCGUGGCCGAGUACCAGGCCCGGGCUGCAGAGCUUGCUCCACGGCCGACCCCACUUGCCCCCGUUGCGGAGGAGGAGGACGGAGACGAGGAGGAGGACGACGAUGACGCGCAGUUUCUUCCUAGUCGCCGACGACUUGCGGCGCGUCUGUCGGCGAGCCAGGAGGCGGGGGCGGGUGGGAUGGUGCAGGAUGACGAGCUUAGCAGGUACUUGUCCGAGAGGGUGCGGUGCGACGUGACAGCGCUAGAGUACUGGCGCAGUGCCACCAACAUGCAGACGCUGAGGCGCAUGGCCCGGGAUUAUCUCGCCAUCCCUGCCACGUCCGCUUCGAGUGAGCGGGUGUUCUCCCUUGGUCGCAACCUCAUUUCCUGGAAGCGGCACCGCCUGGCCUCUCAGAGGACGCGAGCUGUCAUGAUUCUCAGAUCAUGGUACAGUUCACACCCUGGCCAGAGGAUUGGCGAGGGCCGCCGACCGAGAGGCGUCGCACCACCAGAGUUCGCCAUUGAGGGCGAGGGGGCAGAGGAGGAUGACGAGGAGGAGGAGGAGGAGGGUGUGGAGGCUGACGACACAGCUGCAGCAGAGGAUGCUGUUGUUGGUAGUAGCAGUGGCGCCUUAGUGGGCCAUGUGACUAAAGCGGGGGAUGUGGCAGGCCCGAGGGACCUGAAGCACAUAGUGGAUGUGGUGAUGCACGUGGAGAGCGACAGGCAGGACAGCCACCGCAUCCUCAGCACCAGCAAGAACCGAUUUGGUUCCACCGAUGAGGUGGGUGUGUUCGAGAUGGCAGCACAGGGCAUGGUGGCAGUGCCCAACCCCAGCCUUGCCUUCCUCCCAGCCAGCCGCACGCGGGGCAGUGCAGCAGUGGCUGUGGUGAUGCAUGGGAGCAGGCCGCUCUUGUUGGAGGUGCAGGCUCUGUGUGUGAAGGCCAUCCCCAACAUACCGCCCACCAAGACAGCCAACGGGGUGGAUAUGUAUCGACUCACCAUCCUCACCAAGAUCAUGCGCCACGUCGGCCUGCCCAUCGGCUCUAAGGAUGUAGUGGUGAACGUGGUGGGGGGCAUGCAGGUCAAGGAGCCCGCUGCUGACCUUGCAAUUGCUGUUGCCAUCGCCAGCAGUCUAUACGAGAGCCCAGUGCCAGCAGACAUGGCCUUCAUUGGCGAGAUUGGUCUCAACGGGGAGCUGAGAGGGCUAGAUCGACGGGUGAACGAGGUGGCGAAGCUUGGCUUUUCUCGCUGUAUUGUCCCAGCGAAGCAGUGGAAGGGGCAAGCAGCACCCAGCGGAUGUGAGGUGGUGAAAUGCGAGGGAUUACGAGAUGCAUUGAAGGCAGUGGGGAUCCAGAGCACGGGUUAUGGGGGUAAAAGGAAGGCCAAAGAGGAGGAAAUUGAUGAGGAUGAAGACUAUUUUUAG